GAAACUCAUCCUUUCUCUAUCUACACAUAACUCCAAAAAAAAAAAAUCUCUCUCUAUUCCUCUUCGCAAAACAACAGAGAAAAAAGUAGAAAGUCUCAAUCUUUUUGCUGAAUAGUCUCGUUGUGGGUCUUUUCUGUGUGUAUCAAUGGAUGAAAAAGGAAGAAGCUUGAAGAACAACAACAUGGAAGACGAGAUGGACCUAAAGAGAGGUCCGUGGACUGCUGAAGAAGAUUUUAAGCUCAUGAAUUACAUUGCUACUAACGGAGAAGGUCGAUGGAACUCUCUUUCUCGUUGCGCCGGACUCCAACGUACCGGUAAAAGCUGUAGACUACGGUGGUUAAACUAUCUCCGCCCUGACGUCCGCCGAGGAAACAUUACACUCGAAGAACAACUCUUGAUCCUCGAACUUCAUUCCCGUUGGGGCAAUAGAUGGUCAAAAAUCGCACAAUAUUUACCGGGAAGAACGGACAACGAGAUCAAGAACUACUGGAGGACGCGAGUGCAAAAGCAUGCGAAACAGUUGAAAUGUGACGUGAACAGCCAACAAUUCAAAGACACAAUGAAGUACUUGUGGAUGCCUCGGCUAGUCGAGAGGAUCCAGUCAGCCUCGGCCUCAGCCGCAGCAGCAGCCACCACUACAACCACCAACACCACGGGUUCAGCUGGCACGUCAUCUUGCAUCACAACCUCUAACAAUCAAUUCAUGAAUUACGACUACAACAACAACAUGGGACAACAGUAUGGUGUGAUGAGCAACAAUGACUAUAUCACACCGGAAAAUUCCAGCGUGGCAGUUUCUCCGGCGUCAGACUUGACGGAGUACUACAGCGCUCCAAACCCGAACCCGGAAUACUAUUCGGGUCAAGUGGGGAAUAGUUAUUAUCCGGAUCAGAAUUUGGUGGGUUCACAAUUAUUGCCGGAGAAUUAUUUCGAUUACAGUGGAUUAUUAGACGAAGAUCUAACGACUAUGCAAGAGCAGAGUAACCUCAAUUGGUUUGAAAACAUUAAUGGUGCUGCUUCUUCUUCAGACAGUUUAUGGAACAUUGGAGAAACUGAUGAAGACUUCUGGUUCUUACAGCAGCAACAACAUCUCAACAAUAAUGGUAGCUUCUGAAUUUUGAAAGCAAAGAAAAAAACUAGAAAUCGUUUAAGUUAAUUAAUAUACACUAAGUAUACGU